AGUAGUGCAGGCUUAAAAUACAUGGACUGUCCUCUUCCAAGUGAACAUGUGUCUGAGAAACUGAACAGCUCUGAGGACAAGAAUUGGUGCUCCGGCUCCAAAGAAGAAAACAGGAACGAUGUUUGGGAACCACUUCUCAAUCAACAUAUCAAAAUGCAGAAAUUACCACUGACCGACUGCUUGGAUGGUGUAGAAACAAAGCCUACUCACCAUGGGGAAUUGGAUUUUGGAAAUAAGCAAUUUUCUGACAGUGCUGACCAAACAUCUUAUUACAGACCAAACGAUGACUCCCCAUCCCAAUUUCUAAAUGGACUCCAGAGAGAAACACAAGCUAACAAUAGCGGUCCUGACCUUAGCAUGAACCCAAAGGAAGAGGACUUCCUAAAUCCUGUUCAUCAUAGAAAACACCAACUUCAGUUUCAAAAGAAGCUUGAAAGGAAGCCUCAGGAUGAUUCUGCCAGUGAAAAGAUAAACAGGCAGACAACACCACUCCUUUAUUACCUUUCUGGUGGGAAAAACACCAACAUUCUGAGUCACAAAAAUCACACUCAGCAAGAUGAAGACUCAGGGAGUUUGCCUAAGACCUCUCCAAGGAGCAAUUGCCCUGUUUCUGCACAACCUAUAGAGAUACAAAAAGAAAUUAACCAGCUUCAAAAGAGCAAACACCACCUUCAGUGUACAGAGGAUGAUACCAUUAAUGAGACUAGUGAUGUAAUUCUGGGGAGCUCUGCUUCAUCAGUGGAUGAGAGUUUCAAGAAUGAUUACAGGGAAAAACUUAAAGUUGCUCAGAGAAAGGUCUUGAGAGAAACAUCUUUCAAAAGAAAGGAUUUACAGAUGAGUUUGCCCAUAAGGCUGAAGCAGAAACCCUCCAAAAGACCUUCAAUUGAACAUCUCAGAUCGUUGUCCUUAUCCAGUGCAAAUGAGGAUGCUAAGUUGAUUCCUCCUCCCAAGUCUCUGGAAAAUAGCAGCAAAGAUGAAGAAACAAAGAAGUCACAAGCUGCUCGAAUAGGAGGAAGAAAAAGGAUAACGGAAGAACAAAAGAAAUUGUGCUAUUCUGAACCUGAGAAGCUCAAUAAACUGGAGGAUCAGCAAGAUCAGGGUGUAUCAUGGAGGGAAGAAAGCACAGAGGUGAAGUCAGAUGAAAUUAAUGAACAAGAAGCAAUGGCAGGCAGAAGAAAGAUUCUGGAAAACCGCGGAAGUGUGCUUGCCAGUCCCAGUCUCUCCAAGACUGAGUUGAAGCAAAUCCAGCAUAUUGCACUUAUUGAAUACAUGGAACGAAAGAUUGCACAAAGGCCCACUAGCGCUCUGCACAAACCACCCCUGCAGAAGAGGCCUUCCAAUGCUAAGAGGCUUCCUGAGGGCAAGACUUCCAACCCAGAUAUUAGCAGAAAGACACAAAAGAAUGAGAUAAUCUGCCAAUUUCUCUCUCCAGAAAGAAUUCCAGAACCCUCCCCUGCUUUAAUUGCCACAGGGAUCAGGACCAAUAGACACAGUGCUAGUUCUUCUGCUACUGAGACAGUACAUUCAAAACCCAAGUCCGCUGUCAGGGAAACAGAUGGAAACUGCACCGGCAAAUGUGCUUCAGCUGAAAAUCUUCAAUCUGGGGCUUCUGCAUCCAGCAAAGAUCGAGAACGAUCAAAAUCAUCUCCUUCUCCUGCACAGGACCUUCAUAGAUGUACAACUUUCCCGGCAUCAUCAGUUCAAGGUUGUGAAAACUAUCCCAUCAUCCCCAGCUUCCCAUCAAAGAAUGAAGUUGACUUGGCAGAGGAAAAAGACUGUGUGAGAGAUGAAAAGCAGCGAGUCUGCACAGCCAGAGGAAGGGGAAAGUCUAUGGAAGAAAUUGGAAUUUCAGAAACUGUAAGGCUUUCAUUGUUGAGCCAAAGCACAGAUCAGCUUCAUCACGUGAAAAGCCUGCACAUCUUGCCAGUGCCUGGACUUGAACGUGGUAAAAACAGCUCAGCUGCAAACCAUCAAAGUGAUCUGCACAGCACCAAGUCUGUAUCAGGAAAUCUGCCCAGACAAACAAAUACUGAAGACACUGUGGGGCUCGAGAGAUCAGAUACAAUGUUCCAAACACUUGAAAGGCUUCCUAGCACAACAAAGCCCUAUGGCAUUUCCUUAAGUACUGAAAAUCUACCCCCAUGGUGUGUAUCCUCCCUGGGCACAUUGCAAUCUCCACUAUUACAUUCAGAGUCUCCUCUUCACUCUCCACUGGCCCUGUCUUCUGUGGAAGAAGACAAUGUUUUCUUCAAUGACUCCGUCACUAAUGGCUUAGAAAUAACGUCAAAGCCUUCUUGUCUCUAUGAUCAAAAUGAUACUUUAGUUUCAAGGACAGACAUGACAGAAUCUCUCCCAACUGCGUUGUCUUUGCAAGUUGCCUUGGAGGGAAAGCAAAGUAAAGCAGAACAAAAAGCCAGACUCCAGAUUCCUGAGAAAGAUGAAUCCAGUCUUGGAGGCAGGAAUGAGGAGAAUAAAGCCAGUAGUGCAGUUGUGAAUUCAUGUUGUCCAGAUGUCAAGGAACUAACUCCUGAAAUCCCUAUUCUGUUCCCCAGAAGAGGAGGCAAUGAAGAGACUCAAGUGGAAAAAGAAUGCAGAGUAAAAUCUCUGCCUGGCAAUGCUUCAAAGGGAUCCUCCCAGCAGCAACCAGAAGCAAAUGAUAUUGCAUUUUCCCAGGAAAAAAUAAAUUGCCACACAGCAUCAUCAGCUCAGUCUGAGCAAGGAGAUAAACUCAGUAGUUCAUCCUUAAAUGAAAAAGCAGCAUACAACAGCCAGAAUCGUGUCCUGCCAGAAAAGGAGACAGACUUUACUAAAAGGAGACAGAAAUCCCCUGAAGACCAGAGAUAUGAAGAACUUGCUAUGGAGAUCAUUGCCAAAGACAAUUCUCUGGCUGAUAUCCUCAUCCCUCAUCCUACCAGGAAAACUGCUCUAGACCUCCUGGAGGGCCUUUUUCCUGUUAACAUUUCAGUGUCUGACAGAUCACACAGGAAAAAGGGAGCUAGGAUGAGAGAAGAGGUGCAGCCUGUCCUGGAAAAUGAUAGCAGGAAAAGUAUUGACGGUCCAACAGAACCAUGUGCUGAAGCUGAACACAGUGCAGGUCAGAGUACAGAAGAUCCCAGUUCUAACAUGAACCAAAUCCUGAAGAACAGAGAUGGCUCAAAUGACCUUGAUGACAUCACUUCCAAGAAAAAGGAACUUAUUUCUAGCAUUCAAUCAAAACUGCAGACCCUCUGGGGAGAAAGGACACUUGUCCUAUCCGAAAUCAAGGAGUACGCUCUGUGUGGUAAAGAGCUAGAGGCAAUGGUACAAGAUGUCUGCAAGCCCAAUGAGUAUGAGCGCUACCUGAUGUUCAUUGGUGAUCUGGAAAAAGUAGUGAGCCUGCUGCUCUGUUUGUCCAGCCGUCUCGCUCGAGUCCAAAAUGCCAUGAGGAAAAUCAAUGAGACUACAGAUGCUGAGGAGAAGCAAUCGUUAAAUGAACGGCACAACCUCCUGUCUAGACAGCGGGAAGAUGCAAAAGAUCUGAAAGAAAACUUGGAUCGCAGGGAAAGAGUGGUUUCUGGUAUCCUUUCCAAAUACCUGACUGACAAGCAACUCCAGGAUUACAAACACUUUGUUCAGGUGAAGACCUCUUUACUGAUUGAACAGAAAGACCUUGAGGAGCAGAUUAAAUUUCUUGAGGAGCAGCUGGAGAGCCUCGAGAAGAGCAUCUUGCUCUGAUGCACAGCAACAGGCCACCCGCUUUCAGGAAUGGAGGAUUUGGGCAUUGUGUUGGAACUCUGUACAUAUUCACUGCAUUGCUGCUAAGAUAUGAACAUGGAUCAGUUUGAUGAAUUCAUAUUAGUGUCGAUAAGUGCUUGGAAGGGUUUUUCUCUUUGGAUGAGCUGAAUGACAAAAUCUUACAGUAUGUAGCAGAUUGCAUCUUGAAAAUGACUGAUGAGACAUGUCACCCUUAUUAAUUUGACAUUUUCCCUUCUCCCUGUCAUCUGCCCAUCUGUUUCCAGACUGACAUCCUCUCAAUAAAAGAAUCAUAAAAAUAUUUCCUCUUUGUGGGUGGGUUGAAUAUUCAAAAUAAGAAAUUACGUGGGUGUUUGAAUUGUGAAUUAAACACAGGAUAAACAACUCCAAAGCACACUGCUAUGGGCCACUUACUGAAAUUCCUCUGACAAUGUAAUGAUAGCUGUCCCUGGUUAAUACCUAGGAGUGACAUGUAAUAAGGGAACAUACUGUCACGGGAAACACACUGAGCUCUUUUCAUCAGCACUAAUCCCCCUGGCCCUUUGUGACUUUGCAGCUGUAGAAUGUAAUGGUUAUUUCAUCUGAAUCUGGGUGAGAUGCUCAACAGAAAACUCCUGAGAGCUGUGGGCAUGGGUUCCUGCAGGCCACAGGGAAGUAUUUAGGGGUGAAGUUGACAUAAACGGAUGCUCUCAAAGAUGGUAAAUCUAAAAAUUGCACCUACCCGAGCUAUCUGCAAAGUCCAUGCAAUGCUUCCUAGGUGACUAUUUUUCAAAUGAUUGCUACAUGGUUUAUUUGUAUUUCUUCACUUAGUGCCAGUCACCCAGCAUUAUUAUGGACCCUGCCAUGAAAAAUCACCGUGCUGUGAUACAAAGUGGCUGAAUUUCGAAGAGUUUUUGUAAACCAUGAGUUUAAAAAAAAAAAAAGACGGGAAAAGUUGCUUGACAAUGUCCUUUUAUUAAAAUAAUAUGUAUUGAAGGUCUUUCAAGUGAUAUUAUUGUAUUGAAAUUGUUUCAUUUAAUACUCCUUUAUCACUAGGUGUAUCAGAGGUAGGUUCCCUGAACAUCAAAUGAGAAUCUAACUGGAGGGGAAGGCAGGUCUUGAUAUUUUCACAAGUGACAAAAGUCACUAACAUUUGUUAUAUUGAGAAAGGGAGACAAUGUUAUCCCUUGCAUCAGAAAAGAAGGCUCCUUGGGUCUGAUGCAGCAUAGAAAAUUUUCAUGGUUGAUGCUCAUGGAUGGGGCGGCUCUGUUUUUUUCCACCCCAAGCACGGCAGUAAGGGAGCUUUCGGUAGCGUGCCUGCGGGAGGUCCACUGGUCACGCAGACUAGGCAGUGGUUCUGUGGGUGAUCUACUGGUCCUGCGCCUUCAGCGUACCCACCGCCGAAUUGCCGCCAAGCCUGUGGGACCAGCGGACCUCCCGCAGAAAUGCCGCAGAAGGCUCCUUGACUGCUGCCCUCAUGACGAUGGACACGCCGCCCGCCCCAACCUCCCGGCUUGCCACCCCAGGCAUGUGCUUGCUGUGCUGGUGCCUGGAGCCGCCCCUGCUCAUGGAACUUUCAGACACGCACAGCCAGUGUUCAUAGACCCAUGGUGCAAAUAAAACUCACUAUUAAUUAUCAUUCUUUAUUUCCCCUACAAAUAUUGUGGGGGGGGGGUCCUUCAGAGUUUUGAGAUUUCCUUCUUCAACUAUACAUACUGCUCUCUACCAUUAAAUACUUCAUCCAAUC